AUGAGGGUAUACUCUACACUGCUAUCACAAAACUUAAGGACAAAACUGGUGGUUCGACCAUCAACUGCUGUACAUACUAACGAUCCAUUCGCAAAAUUUAUAGUAACAAAAGAUACUGAGCCUCUUUCACUUUGCGACUUUCAAAAAAAUGAUUCGGUUAAUUUAAAAUUGGACUUGUGUGUUAGAAGUAGCACAUUGAGCACAUUUAAUAGUUUGCAAAAAAAACAAGAAAUGAACUGGGAUCCAGUGAAAUAUGCUGCCAGUAAACUUCGAGGGGUAAUUUCUCCCAUUCAAGCGUAUGUGACUAUUGGCAAGAAGUUUUGUCCCCAUUCAUUGGUAUACGAUAGCAGGUUUUUUCAGCUUCAUUAUUUCCCUCAGGACCAUUUCAUGUCCUGUUUCAGAAAAAGCAAACCUGCCAUAACAGUUAAAUCCAACAAGAAAUAUUAUUUAAAUGGGAAAAUCUUCAACAAAGAUCAAAAGUACUUCAAUGAAUCCAGAAUAUCGAAAUUAGAUGAAGCGGAGCUGAGCAAAAUUCAUGCAGCAAUGAUGCGGCUAACAACUAAACAUAGGAACAAUAUUCCCUCUGAGUUCGCAUAUUUGAGAAGAGAUCUAAAAUUAAAAGUGAAAAUGAUGUUUAUCAAGGAGUGGUGCAGAUUAAAUGGUGAUAAAGCCACUCGGGAACACAGCCAUUUUGAAAAAAAUUCGCAUAAUAGUACCAUUAUAGAAGACAAAUCAAAGAAACGUUUAAUAGACAAUUUUGGUAGAAGUACUGUUGGAACAGCAAAAGAUGGAUAUUAUUUAUAUAUCGUAAAAAUUUUUCCUGAUGAAGAAACACUAAAUGAUUUCAAUGAUGAUGUCAACAAGAGUGUCCAAAAGGUUGCCAAUUUAGAUUGGGAUAAUUUCUUGACCUCAAAAAAAGGCCCAAAAGGCAAAUCUUGGGUAGAAACAUUCAACGACAGUAUAAAUGUUCAAAGCGUUAACAGGAUACUCGAGAUCAGCAAGUUUCCAUUUAAACUACAAAGAGAACAGUUAAAAGAUUAA